GCCAUCGUCCGUGCGGCCUGGUCCGGGCCAUGUCCGCGUGAGGACGCUGCCGCCGCCCACCUCCCUGGCCCCGGCCCGGCACGCCGCGAACCAUGGGCUCCAUCCUGAGCCGCCGCAUCGCGGGCGUGGAGGACAUCGACAUCCAGGCGAACUCGGCAUAUCGCUACCCACCGAAGUCCGGAAACUACUUUGCCUCGCACUUUUUCAUGGGAGGUGAGAAAUUCGACACCCCGCACCCUGAAGGUUACCUGUUUGGAGAGAACAUGGAUCUGAACUUCCUGGGCAAUCGCCCAGUCCAGUUUCCUUAUGUCACCCCCGCCCCCCAUGAGCCGGUGAAGACGCUGAGGAGCCUGGUGAACAUCCGAAAGGACUCGCUCCGGCUCGUGAGGUACAAAGAUGGUGCCGACAGCCCCACGGAGGAUGGCGAGAAGCCCCGUGUCCUCUACAGCCUGGAGUUCACCUUUGAUGCCGACGCCCGGGUGGCCAUCACCAUCUACUGUCAGGCGGUGGAGGAGUUCCUGAAUGGGACGGCCACGUACAGCCCCAAGAACCCUGCCCUGCAGUCUGAGACCGUCCACUAUAAGAGAGGUGUGAGCCAGCAGUUCUCCCUGCCUUCCUUCAAGAUCGACUUCUCAGAGUGGAAGGACGAUGAGUUGAACUUUGACCUGGACCGGGGCGUGUUUCCAGUGGUCAUCCAGGCCGUGGUGGAUGAAGGAGACGUUGUGGAAGUGGCUGGCCACGCUCAUGUGCUCUUGGCUGCCUUUGAAAAGCACGUCGAUGGCAGCUUCUCCGUGAAGCCUUUAAAGCAGAAGCAGAUCGUGGACCGUGUCAGCUACCUGCUGCAGGAGAUCUACGGCAUCGAGAACAAGAACAACCAGGAGACGAAGCCCUCAGACGAGGAGAACAGCGACAACAGCAAUGAGUGCGUGGUGUGCCUGUCAGACCUCCGGGACACGCUGAUCCUGCCCUGCCGCCACCUGUGCCUGUGCAACUCCUGCGCUGACACGCUGCGCUACCAGGCCAGCAACUGCCCCAUCUGCCGGCUGCCUUUCCGGGCCCUUCUGCAGAUCCGGGCGGUGAGGAAGAAGCCAGGAGCCCUGUCCCCCGUCUCCUUCAGCCCCGUUCUGGCCCAGAGCAUGGACCACGACGAACAUUCUUGUCCCUUUAAAAAAUCAAAGUCGCACCCCGCCUCCCUGGCCAGCAAGAAACCUAAAAGGGAAACAAGCUCCGACAGCGUCCCUCCUGGCUACGAGCCCAUCUCCCUGCUCGAGGCACUCAACGGCCUUCGGGCCAUCUCCCCAGCCAUUCCUUCGGCCCCCCUUUAUGAAGAGAUCACCUACUCGGGUGUCUCAGACGGCCUGUCUCAGGCCAGCUGUCCACUUGCUGGGAUCGAUCGAAUCAUGGAAAGCAGCCACCAGAAGGGCAAGCCGCGGAGCAAAUCCCCUGACAGCACCCUGCCGUCCCCAUCGUCCCCCAUCCACGAAGAAGACGAGGAGAAGCUCUCCCAGGACUCGGAUGCUGCUCCUCCGCCGGGCGGGCUGGGGCUGGCCCUGAGCAGCUCCCCUGAGAGUUUCCUGACAGAGGAGGUUGAUGAGAUGUCGCUAAAGCAAGGGAGCCGAGUGCCGUCCAUCGAGAAUGUCCUGCAGGAUGGCAGCCCCCAGCCCUGUGGCCGCGGCCAGCCCCGCCCGCCUGCCGACAUCUACCUGCCAGGAUGGCCCACCUCCAUGGAGACACCCUGCAGCCUCCGCACCACCGGUCCUCCCUGGCCUCCACUUGGUGGCCUCAGUCCUGACCCCGGGACCACCGAGCUCACCCCACUCUGAGAGCCUGGCCAGGCUGACAGCAUGGAGCCCUCAGCUCCCCAGACUGCUGAGGGGCCGCCCAGACUCCAGUGUGACCCUGGCCUCUCCUGUCCGCACGCCCUGCGUGGCUGCUGGCUCCGAGGGGCCAUGCGACCCUUCAUUGAAGAGCACAGUGGACUGUCUCCUAUGACAAACCCCCUUGUCUCCGGUCGAUGUGUUUGUAAAUGGUACAAGAUGAAGGACAGCAGCUUUCUGUCCCGGGCGCUGAGCUCUGGGUUCCCUCAAAUGCCCUGGGCGAGGGCUGACUGCCCACAUGCAGCCUGGAUUGGCCUCGCCCAGCCCCCCAGCCAGGGUUGAUGCCCCGAGAUCUCAGCAAGCCAGCAGAAGAGAAUUCAGUGGUGGUUGCAGUGCUGUCUUCACAGCGACGCCAUGGGGGCCUUGUCGUGGGGGAGGUAGGGACAUGGGCUCCGAGUCAUGGACAGUGAAGGAAACAAUGCUUGUCCCCAGCCCCUGUGUACAUGGAUUCCUCGCAGCCUGGCAGUCGCUGCUGAUCUGUGCCCUCUGCUGCUGCCCCUUCCCUGCAUCCCACAGCCAGAGGCCCUUCCCCUCGGCCCUGUCCUCUGGGUAGCCUGGGUGUCGAGCCCGGGCAGAGGUGCAUACGCACAGCCUGUCUGCAGCGGUUGGUGUCCCGUUUCCCCUCUCCAAGUCCCGCACCCUCUCAGAGGUGGCUUUGCUCGUGUCGCCAGAUCCCUCCAGAUGGAGGGGCUUCCCCGUGGCCAGCCGUCCACCUACCCCGGGGAAGGACCUUUUCCGCUUCCUCUUUGCCAUUUAAACUUCACUUUGCAUUUCUUUUUGCUUUGUUUUGUGUGGGGCCCUGCUGGGACCUGCCUGGUGGAGGAGGGUCCCAUCUGAGGUGACCUCUUCUUUUUUUAAGAUGAGCUUUAUGGGCAACACAAAGGCAGAGGGGUCGCCCAUCCCUGGUGCACCAGGGUGAGAGCUGCCCCAGCAGGGACCUGGAGCCGGCCAGGUGGGUGUGUGCAGCUCCUUGGGCCUGCUUCUGAGCAGCUUCCUGGGCAGGAUGGUUCUGGGGCAGCCGGCAGCAGUCCACAGAACGUGUGCACGGCCUGAGGCUUUGUCCAGUGGGGCGCUUGGAGUGGACGACUCGCUUUCUCCUGGUUGAGCCUGUGAGCGGAGCGCUGCCUUAUGCACAGCUCUGAGCCACGCUCAGGCCGACCUGCCCCGGCCGCUUGGCUCCCCGCCCCGCCUGCCUCCCGCCUACCUUGUGCUCCCGGGUGCACACAUGCCAAUGUGCACACACACACGUGCACACACACGCAGGCGGCCGGCCCUCUUCCUGCGCCCCUCCCCUCUCCCCCACCCACACCCUGGCCUCGCCAUCGGCACUGGGCCAGUGCUCUGAACGACGGGACUCGGACUGGCCUGUCUUGGACUUAUAUGUGCUAUCAUUUGAUGUACUCUGAUUGGCUAGUUUUUGUUCAUUUUUACUGUAUAUUUAUAGUAAUAAAAUCAUGCGGCAAUA